AUGGAGAACUGGACUUCGAAGGAGGAGACAUCGACAGGAUCGUGCUACACACCGCUUUACUAUGAAGCUGAUUAUCCCGACUUAAUGCGCAAUGACCAGUGGACACGCGUCAACUGGAAUGAGACAUCGGAAGUGAACGCAACUGUGCCCUACGCAGCAGUCAAUGACGCUUCCUUGGCUUCCGGCAGCACUACAGUUGGGCAACCCGGGAAUACGAUCUGUGCAUCACCAGGCAUGCCGAAUCAGCACAUCUACUACAAGUGCCUGUCCAAUUAG